AUGUCAACGACAGAACUAUACGGUGGAGCAAUCACAAUAAACAAGCUUCCAUCAUCGUUUAUUGAUAUAUCACGAAUUAGACAAGUUCCUGACUCACAAGAAGUGUUCAUCAAUGAAGUCGAUAGUACCAAUCCCACAUUAUCUUCAUUGCUCACUUAUGAUCAAGCAUUGAUUAUUGACUUAUUAGAACGAGUCAAUACCAAUGAUUAUGAAUCUGCCAUUGCUCAGCAUUUGCAAGAUUUUGCUCCUGCUGGCGUACAUAAUAACCCAUUGCAAGAAUUGCAGAUUAGUGGUGGUGAUGAGACAUUAUAUUUCAGUUAUGUUACCUUCAAACCAGAGUAUAAGCGUAAAGAGCAUAAUCAAGCUGAACAAAUUAUCAUUUUGAUUUGUUUGCUCAGAUUGGAGAAAGUUGGAACUGAUGUAUUGAUUCAGUAUAACUUACCGUUGAAGGUUGAACAUCAUGGGUCGAUUAAUUUUGCUGGUGGAGAUAGUGAAGUUGAUAAGUUAGCAAGCGAGAGAUUUGAAUGGUUUAAGAACUUGUGUACCAGUUUUAAAAUCAUUGAUUGGAACCUAUUUCAAUAA